GAAGAAACCCGGAAUCGCUUCCGGUUUGGAUGUUUUGAAUAGUAGCAUGUUGCUAGCUGCUGUUAGCUGAUUGAAAGGAAAAAACAUGGGGAAAGAAGUUUAUAGAUGCAUCGAAUGUAGCGAUAAAGCCUCGGAACUUUACAGGGAUUACAAUAACGGAAUUCUGAAGAUAACUAUUUGUGAGUCCUGCCAAAAGCCUGUUGAUAAGUACAUUGAAUAUGACCCAGUUAUCAUCCUCAUUGAUGCCAUUUUGUGCAAGACUCAGGCUUUCAGGCACAUUUUAUUCAACACAAGCCUGAAUAUUCACUGGAAGCUGUGUGCCUUCUGCCUGCUGUGCGAGGCCUACCUCAGGUGGUCGGCGCUCCACGGCUCCGAGCAAAGCGGCGACCCCGCCGACAUCAUCAGAUACACCAAGGAAUGGGAGUUUUAUGUCAUGUUUGGAUUGGCUGCCCUCGAACUGGCGGCCUUCUGCGGCGGCGCUCUGCUCUUCCUUUGGCUGUGGGUGGGUGCGCUGCAGGGGGGCUCCGUACAGCUCGGACCGCUCCUCAGAGCCUUGCUGCUGUCUUGCUACGGCAAAGUCCUGCUAGUUCCCGUGGUCAUCUGGGAGCACGAAUACUCCCUCUUCUGUCUGGGACUCAUCAAACUUUUUGUUCUGACCUCAAACUCUCAGGCCAUCAGAGUGAUCCUGAACAGCUGCAGACGUCUGUCUGUGGCCGCCGUCGUUUUCGGCUUCCUGUCAGAAACCUUAGUGGCCCGGGCCUGUCAGCAGCUUCCAUGCAGCAUCUAGGAUGUGUUGGCAUUUGAGGGAUGCAUGCUGGAACGUCUGCUACCUUCAGGCGGAAUGGUGGACGCACAAAAAAAAAAAGAACGGACAUUAUUUUUAAGAUAUCUUUCAGGCUCUUGCUCAAAUUCAUAAAUGAAACCUUUCCCAAUAUAAGAAGGACAGAGAGGGAGUCUACGUUUUUAAAGCCUAUUGGAUGUGCAAUAAAUAUAUUUAUUGUGGAUCGUUAUCAAAAAGUCAAGAUUUGAGUAGGAGUUUCUGAACUUUUCUUUUAACAGCAGCAAAAAGGGAGAAAGUCAUACAAACAUUCUCCAACCGGGUUGUUGUUUAGCACGCUCCAGUUCCUUAGUCACUCUUCAGGAAUGACAAACAGCCCCCAGGUUGUAAUUUGUGAAAAACUACCUCUGUCUGGACAGGCAGCUCCCUGUGCUUUUUUCAGCUCAGUACGAAGAGGCUUUGUGUGGUAAACUAACAGGAUCACAUGACACAGAGGUCAAGCUUUAAGGUUUCCAUCAAGAUUUUACUGAAUCAACUUUUUCUGUUGGAACCAGAGCACUUAUUUAAGAAAGCCAAAAUAUCCUGUUAAGCUAACAGAUCUACAUUAUUGUAAAGGAGCAGUAAUAUGGUUCAGCUGUUGAUUAGCAGCUCUGUCACAUCUCCCAGCGCUUUUUGAUGCAGUUAACGGGUGGCUUUAACUAACAGCAGUCAUUUGGGAAGAAAAGCAACAAGAACCCAUAAUACUUCUGCCACCAUGCCUCAGAGUCAUGACAUUUUGAUCAGUUUGCCUAAACACUAAGAUGUUGCAUAAUUGGGUGCAUUUUUAACUCUUUUUCAUUUAUUUUUGUUGCUUCUUCUGCAUUAUAAACGUGCUUUAUACCAUGGAUCAGCUGCUUUUGCAUUUCCCACCUUGUUUAUAGGACAAUAAAGAAUGUUUGGAUGUUUU